GGAUCGGGAGGGGUCCUCACCCUCGCCCCUUGGGGCAGGGAGCCGGGGACGGAUUAUUCUCUGCGGGGCGACACCAAGAAUUUCCUUUCGCAGAGAAGCCGCUCCCUGCUCCGAGGAAUGCCUGCGUGUCAGAAUUUGCCCUGCAGACAGGCAGCAGCUUGCACACAGAAAAUUGCACUAUGAGUCUCACAGAGCAGCAACAUCGGCCCCUCCCCCAUAGUUACUAAAUGGCCCUCGUCUGAUGGUCUGGUGUAAAACUAGAAGAAAACGACUUGAAAAUAUACCCACAGGGAGACUAAACGUUCUUAGUGAAUUAAGUUAGACCUGCGGUGAGAGAUUUAUUGGAAUAAAAGCCGACAGCUGGAAAGCCACGAAUGAGAACGAGGGAACAGCGACAAGCGAACCAGCCCAAGGACUGAGAGUACCAACUGAAGAGAACCCUCUGACUCAGAGUUUCCAUUGAUUCAGUCAGGAGAACGUUUGAGCCUCACCAGCAGGUGGAGCUGUCCUGCAGAGCGACCAAAGUGUAAACAAGACGUCGACAAUCAACAAUCGUCAGUCAGAAUCAGAAUGGACAAAGAGCCAGAGUUUACAAUCUCCGACCUCCUGGCACAGGGGGAGGAAUAUCGACUGUACCAACUGACAAAGUUCUACAGGGACAGACUCAAACAAGCAAUUGAAGAAAAGGUUGAGAGACUGGGUUGGAUGUUGACAAAGGAGGGACACUUCAGUAGAGAAGAAAAUGAGAAAGUCACUGAGCUGACAGAGAAGGGAAACCGGGCAGAGAGUUCCAGACUCUUCCUCAGUUUGGUGAAUGGCAAAGGCUCCCGGGCCCGGAGGGCGAUGUGGGAAUCCUUUCUGAUGUGGAGGACUGAGUUACCGAAGUUGGACAGAAUACUGAGGGAAAUACAGGAACUCGGUCCUGAUCCACAGGAAUACAUGAACAUUGGCCAAGGUUUAUCUGAAUUACCCACUCAGCUGAUAGAUGUUCAACAGAAACACAAGGAGACUCUGCGGACACGAACUGAAACACUGAGAGUGAACACGAUCCUGAUGACGGAGAAGGUGAAGGUUUUCCAGCUGGCUGACCGAUACGCUGAGCUCACGGUCAUUUCUACUGUUCGAGAUCGGACACUGGUGGAACAUGAGCUGCUGGCAAGAGGCAGAGACCAUGAGCAUUAUAGAGAGAAACAACUCCGCAGUCAGCUGGAAAAAAUCCAUACUGAUCAGUUAUUCCACAGCAGCUUUUUCCGGAGUAAAUCCAAAUCUGGGAGUUCAGCAGCAGUGGCCGGAGUCCCGGGGAUCGGGAAAACAACGAUGGUACAAAAGAUUGUUUAUGACUGGGCCAUGGGGAAAAUAUACCAACAGUUCCAGUUUGUCUUCAGUUUCAAAUUCAGAGAUUUAAACACCAUUAAUUGUAGAAUAAACCUGAGGGAACUGAUUCUGGAUCAGUAUCCUUACUUUGGGAAUAUCCUGAGAGAAGUCUGGAAGAACCCAAAGGGAUUACUGUUUAUAUUCGAUGGUUUAGAUGAAUUCAAACACAAAAUCGAUUUUGCGGACAGUCGGAGAGAUACAGAUCCCAAGCACCAGUGCCCAGAUCCCGAGUGGUGGUGUGAAGUGUCGGACAUUGUGUACAGUUUAAUCCAGGGCAAGCUGCUCCCAGGGUGUUCAGUGCUGGUGACCACCCGCCCCACUGCGUUACAUUUAUUGGAAAAGGCGGAAAUAGCUGUCUGGGCUGAAAUCUUGGGAUUUGUUGAUGAGGAACGGAGGGAAUAUUUCAUGAGGUAUUUUGAAGAUCAGACGGUGGCGGAAGCUGUUUUCAAACACGUGAAGGAGAACGAGAUCCUGUACACCAUGAGCUACAACCCCUCCUACUGCUGGAUCCUCGCUCUGGCACUGGGCCCCUUCUUCACAGGAAGAGUCAGGGACCCACAGCGAGUUCCCAAGACCAUCACCCAACUGUACUCCUACUAUAUUUAUAACAUCCUGAAAAACCACGGCCGUGAGAUUGAGAGACCCCGUGAUGUGUUACUCAGGGUUGGUCAGAUGGCCUUCAGUGGAGUGUCCGAGAAGAAGAUUGUGUUUACAGAUGGAGAUUUGGUCAGCUACAGUCUGCAGCCUUCCCAGUUCCUGUCCGGGUUCCUGAUGGAGCUUUUGGAGAGAGAGGAUUCUGCCCAGAGAGUGGUGUACACAUUCCCACACCUCACCAUCCAAGAGUUUGUAGCUGCAGUCGCACAAUUCCUGAAUCCAGAUCCCAGGGAUUUCCUGAAAUUCCUCACUGAUUCCCAGAACACGACAGAUGGGCGAUUUGAGGUAUUUCUCCGUUUUGUUGCUGGUCUCUCCUCCCCAAUGACAGCUCGGAGCCUGGAGGAGUUUCUGGGUCCGUUUCCUAAUGAAACAACCUGCCGGGUGAUUGACUGGGUGAAGAAGGAGGUUAAACGCCAGAGUGGAAACAUGGAGAGUAAAGCAGGUAAAAGGAGCCUCCUGAACACAUUGCACUACCUGUUUGAGUCUCAGAAUCGUGGACUGGCUCAGGAAACACUGGGAUCUGUGGAAACACUUUCAUUCAGUGGAAUGACACUGACCCCGAUUGACUGCGCGGUCCUGUCUCAUGUCAUCGGACUCUGUGAUACAAUAAAAGACCUCAACCUGGGGAACUGCCACAUUCAGUGUGAGGGAAUCCAGCGGCUGGGACCCGGGCUGCGCAAGUGCCAGGAGUUGAGACUGAACAAUAAUAAACUGGGAGAUUCAGGAGUGAAACUGGUGUCUGCGGCUCUGAGGAACCCGGAGUGUAAAAUACAGAGACUGGGGCUGAGGGAUGUCGGUCUCACAGAUUCUGGUGCCGAGGAUCUCGUCUCCGCUCUCAGUACAAACCCAUCCCUGACGGAUCUGGACCUGAGUUUUAAUAAACUGGGUGAUUCACGAGUGAACCUGGUGUCUGCGGUUCUGAGGGACCCGGAGUGUAAAAUACAGAAACUGGGGCUGAGGGAUGUCGGUCUCACAGAUUCUGGUGCCGAGGAUCUUGUCUCUGCUCUCAGUACAAACCCAUCACUGACCGAGCUGAACCUGAGUGAUAAUAAACUGGGGGAUUCAGGAGUGAAACUGGUGUCUGCGGCUCUGAGGAACCCGGAGUGUAAAAUACAGAGACUGGGGCUGCUCCGUGUCGGUCUCACAGAUUCUGGUGCCGAGGAUCUCUCCUCCGCUCUCAGUACAAAACCAUCACUAAUGGAGCUGAGCCUGACAUCAAACUCCCUGACAGACCGAUCUAUCCCCGCUCUCCGCCGCCUCAUACUGACCCUCCCGAGACUGGAGUGGAUCGAGCUGCGGGAGAAUCGGUUCAGCGAGACGGGGGGUAAGGAACUGAGAUCUCUACAGGAACCCAGACCGGGACUGAGAGUGACCGUGUGAACAUCUCCCCCACCAUCCCCCCCCCCGCGGCUUGGGGACAUUUGGCCGACUCCCCGCCCUCCCCUUUAACUACCCGCCUUAACUUUAACGGCCGCGCGCCGGGGCUGAUUCCCAACGGUUUUAACGGAACCGGCGGGGCAGCUUCCGCCGGAAGUGCGUGUACGAGACUCCCCACGUGGCACCCCGGGGAAUUACCCAGACAGGAAGAGCCCGGGGUCCGGGGCUCAGUCUGGGACACCGGUGUCCCGGGGUGGGGGGGGGGGGUAUGAUCCCGGGAGAGAAUCCUUUUGCCCCCUUUGCUGAGGACGGUGCAUUCGGCAGCCUGGCCGAUAUAAUGAUGUUAAAUGGACAAAUCCCUCGGCAGUGACCCUGGAUCUGCAGCGAUCCCGGACACGGCCCUGAAGUGUGAUUUUAUAAUCAUCGGUUCCCCGAUGCAGAGUGACGGUGAGAAACAGGACUGAUUAUUCAACCGGUCACUCCUUAUCGCCGGUCAGUUAAUUGUGUGUGACUGUGAGCAGAUCAUUUAUUCCCGCACGUUAGCAGCUCACACAUUGUUUCAUUGAUAUAUCUCAUAAAAAAUCAAUAAACCACUGAAUCUUCCUG